CCGGGGCGGGCUCACAGCGAGGCGGCGCCGUGCCGGGCCGUGCCGGGCCGUGCUGAGGCGAUCCCACCCGAUCGGCCCCGAUCCCCUCAGCCCCGAUCUGAUCCCGUCCGAUCCGAUCCCAGCCGCGAUGGAGCAGGACGAGGCGUCCGUCCUGCUGCCGGAGCGAGGCCUGUCGCGGCUGCCCCGCUUCAAGGCGUACAGGCGGCGGUGGUUCCUGCUGGGGGUGGUGUGCCUGCUCAACUGCUCCAACGCCAUGCUGUGGCUGACCUUUGCUCCUGUGGCUGACAAGAUAUCUGCCUACUUCCACAUUUCCCUGGAGAUGGUCAACUGGCUCUCAAUAGUGUACCUGCUCAUCUCGAUCCCGUUUGGUCUGGUGGCAACAUGGGUUCUCGACAGCGUGGGGCUCCGAUGUGCCGUGAUCCUGAGUGCGGGGCUGAACAUGACAGGUAGCAUCAUCCGGAUGUUCAGCGUCAUGAAGUUCAUGAGCUUGGGCUCCCAGAAUUACUGGUACCUGUUUGCUGGUCAGUGCCUCUGCGCACUGGCUCAGCCCCUUGUCAUCUUUUCACCAACCAAGCUGGCAGCGCUGUGGUUCCCGGACCACCAGAGAGCAACAGCAAACAUGAUCUCAUCAAUGUCCAAUCCCUUGGGAAUUCUCAUAGCAAAUGUGCUGUCACCUAUACUAGUUCCUGAAGGAAAGCACAUCCCACUGAUGCUGGGUGUUUAUGCCAUCCCAGCGGUAACAGCCUGUGCUCUAGCAGCUUUGGGGAUUCACGAGAAAGUUCCUCCAACACCUCCUUCAGCCAGUGCCACCAACUCCACCUCUCAGCCAUUCCUCACAGGGAUCAAAAUGCUCCUGAGGAACAAGCCCUACAUCAUCCUGGCGGUGUGCUUUGGAGGAGGAAUUGGGAUGUUUACCUGCUUUUCAGCUCUACUAGAACAAAUCCUUUGUGAAAAGGGUUAUUCAAAUGUGUUUGCCGGCCUGAAUGGUGCACUGUUCACAGUCUUUGGUUUGCUGGGAGCCUUCCUGCUAGGACUGUAUGUCGACCGGACAAGGAAUUUUAUAGAGUCCACCAAGAUCUGUUUCUGUCUGAGCGCACUUGCCAGCAUCGUGUUUGCAGUGGCAUCCCGAUUCAGAGGUCAGGCCAUCGCUUUGGCCAUCGCCAGCUCAGUCUUUGGUUUCUUUGGUUUUGCCAUGUACCCCAUUGCCAUGGAGCUGGCUGUGGAGUGCUCCUACCCUGUGGGAGAAGGCACCUCGACAGGACUGAUUUUCGUUGCAAGCCAGAUUGAAGGUGUGAUUUUAAUGAUUCUGCUACAAGCCCUCACCGUGCGUGUUUCUGAGGACCCAUCCUCCACCUGCGCCCUUGACCAGGAUGGAGCCCUGGACUGGACAACUCCAGUGCUGGUGCUGGCUGGCCUCUGCAGUGCCAUGGCUUGUUUCUACGUCAUCUUCUUCCACACAGACUACAAGCGGCUCAAUGCGGAGACAAACAGCGAUUUGGUCAGGACAGAAGAUACAGAAUCAGCAGAUGUCCCCGAAGCCUAACAAGGCUGAAAGGGGCAUGCCAAGGGCCCAGUUAGGGAAGGACUCAGGCCUAUGGGCAGGGACCAAGACUGCAAGUGCUCUUCUGUCACACUGGGGUGUGUGGGUCCUGCUGCACAAGAAGCACCCUGGAUUUCAGAGGAGAACGGCUGCAGCAGUCACUGGGGCACCUUCACUGAUCUUCUCCCUAUCUUGUAUUUAUUUGUGUGUCUGGGCUGUAACACAGGCUGUGCUGCCAGAGGUCAAAGGGGAACUGGAUAACUACACAGGGUUUUUUAGCUGACAUGAUUCAAGCUGAAGAAAUGUCACAGAAGAGUGAAGCAUCAUAUUUCAGCCUUUUUUUUUUUCAUUUUCACAUACAUGGAUCAGGAGUGAAGCUUUUGGAGAGGUGAAGGUUGCUAUCACAAACCUGCCAGAGAACUUGCCUUUCAGGACUACGGUUCCCAUAUUGCGUAGCAACUUUUCCACUCUAAGUGUGGAAAUAAUUAUUUGGUAGGAGCUAGAGCAUUUUUCUGUUGCAGCAGGGAGGUGUAGGUAUAUGGUCUGUAACACAAAUCUGUUGCAAUAUCCACUUUGUCCUCUCACAGAAACAGGAAAAAGAAAGUGCUGCCUGCCGUGCUGACUGUAAAAGAAAAAAAUCAGUGAGCAGCAGAAGUUAAGCAUAACAGCCUUCCUUGCCCUUUCUGUUCCCCUGCCAUAUGCCACGACAUUCAGGAAAAGUUUGUUUUGGGCUCCGGGUGUUUCCCCAUCUGCCCAACAAUUCCAAUGGCUCAAGCUUUUCACAAGAAGAUGAACCUUAUGGUUAGAGUUGUGCACUGCACCAAGCGAAGACAUGCUCUCUUACAGAAAAACAUUGAGAAAGCAGCUCACUUUGGGGGGAAUGGUAUGGCAGCAGCUGGAAAAAGACCUGGCAAAGGUGACCACACAGAAUGCAGGGCACCUUCACGAGUUUCUGCAGCUGAUAGGGGAUUCUGGUAGAAGACCAAGUAAGAAACAUCAACAAGAACCUUGGAGUUCUCUCUACAAGCAACAGCUGCUCGGUGUUUGAAGAGAUGGUUGGUAGCACAAAAGAUCCUGGUUGGAGUUCAGUUCCACUACAAAUUGCAACGGGUACAAUUGGUUUUCAUUUUACAACAAUGCUUGCACAGGAGCCCAAUGUCCUGCUCUGGUGUUGAGGUCUAAACCUACAUCCCGAGGACUUUUAACCCUAUGACAUUUUGGUGCUAAAAAAUAAGAUGGGUGGGACUUGGCGAUGCUUCAUAUCAUGCGGCUUGCAGAGGGGAUCUCAGUAUUUGUUGAUUAAGGGAACUUGAUGCAAAUGGGACCUCUGAAAAUACAGUGGCUCUUUUUCUCCAGUCCAGUUAGGGGAUAAUCACAUAGGAAAGAAUGCACUUUACCUGAUAAACACUAAAGAAUAGCUCUCUCAAUGCCUGAAUUCUCCUUCCCAUUAGCAACUGGUUAUCUUUCUAUUUAUAAAACAACUUCCUGCAUCCUUCCAUGGAGUCUCCUAGUUCCUACAGGUACAGCCUUGCUGUCCCUGAUAAGCACUGAUGUCUUAUCAUGAAGAGGAGCAGGAAGGAAGUCUUAAACUGAGAUAAAACAAGGUAACUUUGGACCUGUCAGAGGAAUGAAAUUAACCAUUUCUGCAGCACUGGACCUAAUACACUGAACAGAUUAACAUCAGAUUUACCCAUCUCUCCUGAGUCCUACUGUACUGGGAAGCAAAAAGCACUUGGUACUUUAUAAUUUUAUAUAUUUACAAAUGCUUAUGUUUUUUAAUAAAGGGUGGAUUAAGAAAACAUUAAGAAAA